AAAAAAAAAGAUUCCAAUAAAUAAAUAUAUGUUGCAGAAGAAUAAUUAAGACUGCAUACGCAUUAGAAUGUGAAGAGUUCCCAAGAAGAGACUAGUAUCUUCGCAUUCCCGCCAACUGCAUAUAUAAAACACAUUCUCUCUUAUUCCGUUCCGUUUAAAUUUCCGCAACUGGUACAAACCCUAAACCAAGAAUACAAUGGUGCCGAAGCCUAAAACCGAAAGUGCAUCGGGUUCCGCCGCCUUCUUCAAACCAGGUACUGUGGUGGAAGUCAGCUCUGAGGAUGAAGGCUUCCGUGGCUCCUGGUUUUCCGGCACCAUCAUCCGCCAUCUUGCUUCUGACAGGUUCCUAGUAGAGUACCACAACCUGAUGGCAGACGAUAAAAGCUCAAAGCAUUUGAGGGAAAUUUUGCAUAUGCGUCAACUGCGGCCCAUCCUCCCACCAGAGACAGACCAAAUAUUCAAAUUUGGGGAUGAGGUUGACGCAUUCUAUAACGACGGUUGGUGGGAGGGAUUUAUAACUGAGGAAUUAGAGAAUGACAGAUUUGCAGUGUAUUUCAGGGCGUCCAAGGAGCAAUUAGUGUUUUCCAAAGAACAACUCAGAAUCCAUCGAGAAUGGUUCGAUCACAAAUGGGUCCCGCCACUCCAACAGAAAAACGAUGAAUCUAAUGAAGCUGCAAAGCCAGAUGAAUCUAAUGAAGCUGCAAAGCCAGAUNCUGAAAUACUGUAUUCAUUAACCACUGAAAGAACCAAGAAUACAAUGGUGCCGAAGCCUAAAACCGAAAGUGCAUCGGGUUCCGCCGCCUUCUUCAAACCAGGUACUGUGGUGGAAGUCAGCUCUGAGGAUGAAGGCUUCCGUGGCUCCUGGUUUUCCGGCACCAUCAUCCGCCAUCUUGCUUCUGACAGGUUCCUAGUAGAGUACCACAACCUGAUGGCAGACGAUAAAAGCUCAAAGCAUUUGAGGGAAAUUUUGCAUAUGCGUCAACUGCGGCCCAUCCUCCCACCAGAGACAGACCAAAUAUUCAAAUUUGGGGAUGAGGUUGACGCAUUCUAUAACGACGGUUGGUGGGAGGGAUUUAUAACUGAGGAAUUAGAGAAUGACAGAUUUGCAGUGUAUUUCAGGGCGUCCAAGGAGCAAUUAGUGUUUUCCAAAGAACAACUCAGAAUCCAUCGAGAAUGGUUCGAUCACAAAUGGGUCCCGCCACUCCAACAGAAAAACGAUGAAUCUAAUGAAGCUGCAAAGCCAGAUGAAUCUAAUGAAGCUGCAAAGCCAGAUGAAUCUAAUGAAGCUGCAAAGCCAGAUGAAUUUGUCCAAGGGGCUAUAGUCGAGGUUAGCAGUGAUGAAGAGGGGUUCAGUGGAGCUUGGUUUGAAGCCACUAUUGUUGAAGCAAAGGGAAAUGACAAGUUCGUUGUUGAGUACCAGACUCUGUUAGCUGAUGAUGAUUCUAAUCUUUUGAGAGAGGAGAUUGAUAUCUUUCACAUAAGGCCUCCUCCGCCCAAUACUAAUGUUGACGGUCAAUUCAAUCUUCUUGACGAAGUGGAUGCCCUGUACAAUGACGGUUGGUGGGUGGGUGUGAUUUCAAAAGUUCUUGCCGACUCCAAGUAUGUGAUUUAUUUCAGGUCUUCUAACGAGGAACUAGAGUUUCAUCACUCCCAUUUGAGGCUGCAUCAGGACUGGAUUCAUGGAAAAUGGGCUAUGCCUUCUAAGGCGAUGAAGUUGUGAACGCUGAAGAUAACAAGAGGUAGAAGAAAAAACCCGGAUUCGGUUCAGUCACUCGUCAGAACUUACCAGUUUGUUCGGAUCCAUACUCGAACUCAUCUCACCGGAUAUGCUAAUGACCACUUUAGAUUCUGAUUGUGUAGCUUUGCUUUAGACAUUGACCUUUGACAUUUUCUGGUAAGUAUAGCCAGUACAUAAUUCUCUCGAAAUUGCAAUUUU